UAAGGUACACAGUGUAUCCGUGCUUCUGAUAUUAAAUUUUUAUUGCCUUCCUGAUCACAUGUGAGAUUACCGAGAAAGACGUGGGCCAGAUUGAGGUGUUCCUUAAACGCCGAACUGUUUCGAACUCUGCCCGCGUCCAGCCCACGUUUUAGAUUAGCGCUUCUGGACAAUGCGAACGUACCGGGUGUUCGAUUCGCCGCCGGUGCAGCCGGCGAAGCCUUUUUCUGUAACUGAGAGAAAUCAGAUUUUUCCGAUUGUCUACCGCCGUAUUCACCAGACACCCCGCGCGCAGCGUUCGUUCUCUUGGCUCGCCAGUAGCCAAGGCGGAUUACAAGAUGAGUCUAUGGUGUAGGAAUCGCAUAGAGAGAACGCUUUUUGCUCGGCUCAAGGCCUCGGCGAGAGAAGAUGUGAAUGAAUCUAGAACCUGUUUCUCCCCACAGGUUCUUCUCACACUUGCCCGACUUCUUCGCGCGGAGUCGCGCGAUACGCGAUAAUUUUACUGAAAAUAGCGUUACCAGCACUUUUUACUACCUUCGGAUUUAGUACAUAUUGUAGUACAGGCGCUCCUCAUUAUCCCGUUUGGAAGCGAGCUCUUGCUUUCUUAUUUUUUUUUUCCUUUUUCUUCCCCAAUUCCAGCGCAACCACGCUGGGUUCUUAUCCGCUUCGUCAAAAUAGGCUGCAAAUUGAGGCUGAAGGAAGCUCGCGGUCGAAUGAAAACAAGAAUGACAAUAUUAUUGCCAUUCGUUACUAUUAAUAUCGCGAUUAUGUUAUCAAUAAUACAAUCGUUAAAGGGAAGAAACGGACGAAUUAAGAGAGUGGGAGAGGUAAAGGGAUUGUAUUUCCGUGCAGGUAGCGCCACAGGCAAUCGGUGCUCUUGUGAUACCGGCAGUUUCGAGCGAGUCCUGCCGGUGAACGGGCUGAGCGAGCGGGGCUUCUUCCCUCUCGUCGAUCGGUGGCAAAUAUCGGUGCGUCGCGUCCUCGGACCUGCCUUAGGUUUACUUCGAAACGGAGCGUGCGAUACGGACGGUCGUACGGUAGUGUCGCCGACCGUCUUGUGCUUGUCAGAACCCACUUCCGGGUUCGCGCGCGGUAUAUAAAAUCGAAAAUUAAAAGAUCCGCAGAUCGGAUUGGAGUCGAUGACGCACCCGCUUUCAUCUGCAAGACUAUGUUUCCCGUUCCGGUUGAAAAAGAGUGACGUUCUUUGAAGCACACACCUCUUUCACGAUGCGUCUAUUCAAACGUUAUAUAGCCGACACGAGCCCGCAGCUCGUUUCGGCUGUACCUAUAUCUCAAGACGUUGCGGCUACGAAUAAUGCCGAGAGUAAUGCGUCCCAGAAAUCGGAGAAGUCGAGGACGGAUGAUCGAUUGGAAGGUUCUCUUCCAGUCAAAGAAGACGCCGACGUGCAACAGGAAUCGACGGACUCCUCUAAUGUUCUAAUUCGUAAAGGAAUCUCAACGUGGGGACGAAAGAUGGGUCGACGAUGGGAUCAAAUGAAGAGAUCGGAUAGCUCCGAAUUGCUUUCAGUGCCGCGACGGCGGCGACGGUGGAGCCCACAUCGGAAAAGCGGCUACGAUGAAACCCCAAACGAGAAAGAAAACGGUAAUAGCGAACUUCUCAGGCCAAAAAGGAUUCCCAGGGUAGAAUCGUUGAGAAACCUCUUUAGGACUAGCGGCGAUCAUUCUCUUAACGGCAAGAGUUCUACGAGAAGCGCGACGAUACAGGAGGAGGAUACAGUCGUCAGCCAUUGCCCAAUGGGGAAAACUCUGAGCGAAGGAGCGAUCAGGAAGAUCCCGUUUCGAGAUAUCUGCUCCGAGAAUUUCGACGAUCACGAAUUUUCUGGGAUCAAUCGGGAAAUGUUUCUCCGUCAAAAGAAAUUACAGCUGAAUCGUAGCAUACAGGAUCUUCAAGAGCAACAACGGGUCUUGGAUUACAUACUUAAGAAUCACGAGACGAAAGCGCGUCAGAGUGACGCGUUGACAAGAGCAACACCGGAGAACGUUGGAACGAACGCGAAUUCGAGAACUUUGGGCGAAACGAAAAAUGGCACUUCGAUACGAAUGCCUGAUCGCCAAUCCACCAGUAAUGCGAAUAUCAAGGAAACUAAAGGAAAUCUGUUUCCCCAAGGAUUAUCUUCCGGCUCGCUGACCGGUCUAGAAGAUCUACUGAGCAAUUUGCGCAUAGGUUGCGAUGAAAGUGGCUACGAUUCCGAUAGUACGCGAGCCGGCGCGGAUUCACCGGACAGUGAAAAAUCGGUGGUGCCUUCUUUGUUGAAGCCGCGCAGUUUCUCAGUAACAUCGGACGACUAUCGCGGUAUCGACUUAUCGAGAUUCGGCGGUACGUCGCGGAAAAUAAAUGCACGCGCGGUAAUCGAAUCAUCCGAAACGUGUGUUUCAGAGAAGAUCGACACCGCUGAUGUCGAUGUCGCGACGAAUGAUUCUAUCUUUAACAAUUCGACCACGACUCAAUCCACUAUGUUAAUGCCCGAGGAGGACGAUACAGAUAGCUGCGAUGAAGACACCUUUGCUGAUUUUUUAGAAUAUCAACCGGAUUUAAUGAGAGUUCAUUCUAAAACGGAAGCAGAUCUCUUGCCAAAAUCUAAAGAGAGUUUAAUGAGAGCAGAGUCCACAGCUCCUGGUCUGUUCGAGGAUUUAACGAAACUCCAAAUGAUAAAACGUAACGAUUCCGACGCCACACUGAUGCAAUGUGACGAUGUCGAUAUGCAUGGCAUUGAUGAUGCCAGAAUGAAAGUCAAUUCCGAUGAGGGGAAACGUUGCGUGACGCCGGAAAAUUAUAUUAACGUAUCUCAGAAAGCUAAAUUUCAAAAUUCCCUGAAGGACAAGAAGUCCAAAAGUCAAAAAUGUUCAAGUCCAAGUGUAUUACACCUCUUAGACUAUGCAGCGUCUCCGUGCAAAGACAGUCCGCCGGCUAGCAAAAUUCAUUCAAAAUUCAUUCAUUCUGAUGCGAUAACCAACCCUCUACGAUAUUACAGCCCAAAGAGAUCGCGUUCCACUCUAGAACUCGAUAUGUUGGACGUGACGAGAAACGUGGCGAAAAAAGCCGUGACAGUCGGCACUUGCGAGUCCUCGGUUCCUAAUAUUUCCGCUACCAAAUCCGUCACUGCCGUAAAUAAAAUCCUAAUACGACGUGAACUGAAAACGAUGAAGCUGACGGUGAACCAUCCGGCGGGUCUCGGUAUUUCGGUUGAACGACGCGAGGCAGCCAGGCCAUUCUACGUGAUCGCCAAGAUGGAUCCCAAUGGCGAGGCGGCUAGGUCGAAGCAGUUCCGCAUUGGUGACGAGAUUGUUCGAGUCUGCGGACGUAGAAUACGCGGUAUGUCGAUGGCGGAGGCGCGAAACGCUUUGCGGAGCUGCGUCGGCACGGUCGAACUGCAGAUUGCGAGAGAACCGAAUACAACUUUUGGCGAGGAGAUUGGCGACACCUGGGGAAACGCCUUGACGCGAACACGAAGCGAUCCCGACGCGUGGAUCCCGAAGAGUAAAAGAACCGAGUCAGCUUCCUUCGACGAUGCAUCAUCUUCGACGAAUGCUGGAAUCUCCUCCGCCGUUGACGAUGCGACUGUCAGUCUCCAAAAAAUGACGGGUAUGAAGAAGUUCCAAGUCGUGAGGAAACGAAGUGCCGAAGCGUCCAACGUUCGACGAGGAUCCAGUUUAUCUAUCGAUCUUCUGACGAUCGUACUGGAAAAGGGCGCGCCAAAGAAAUUGGGCUUUUCCAUUGUCGGCGGUGUGGAUAGCAAUAAAGGGCGUAUGGGUAUCUUCGUGAAGGAUAUUAUGCCUAGCGGACAAGCUGCGGAAGAAGGUACUCUGAGAGUAGGAGAUGAAAUUUUAGCGAUCAAUGGCUCCUCAUUGGAUGGACUGACGCAUGCCAAAGCGUUACAAAUGUUCAAGAGUGCCAAAGCUGGGAACUUGAUACUUCACGUCGCCCGAAGAGAUCCAACGCAUAAACGAUACGUUACACAAUCAAAGUCGUACGAUUGCCUCGAUAAAUUAACGAAGUCCGCCGACGAAUGAUACUAUUGCCAUUGUGGUCAUUAAUUAUAUUAUUAUAAUUUAAAAUAUUCUAAAAAAAUGAAUUACUCUUCGAGAUUACGUUACGGAAUUGAUUACUAUUGAGGAAUUGAUUACUAUUACUAUACAAUUUUCUAAACUUUUUGGGUUUAUUAAGUUUAAAAUUUACAUCUAAAGAUUACAAAAUAAUCAUAAAAAAAUUUA